ACAUGAAGCAGAACGUACCAGCCGCCACAGAGACGCAGCCGCCGCCAUUUUGAUUCAGAGUCACGGGUCACAACCCAGGGUUGCCAGAUCCACGCCGAAACGAGCAGUACACAGCAGUAUUGUACGCAGUUCCUUUCUAAAAAUUUUUCGUUUGAAACAUGGCGCCAAAGAAGAGGACCCGAGGUGCUGCCAUAGUGAAUAAGAAAAGUAAAGCCCUCGAAGAUUCACCUGAUGCUGAGGAUGGUGUCGGAGGUGGUAAAAGAAAGAAAGUGGCAUCUGCAAAAGAGUCAGUGAAAGCCGCUUACACUCACUGGCUGAUGAAGUCUGAACCUGAGAGCCGAAUAGAGAAUGGAGUGGAUGUGAAGUUUGGAAUUGAGGACCUGAAAGCUCUCCCUAAUCAAAGAGGCUGCUGGGACGGAGUGAGGAAUUAUCAGGCUCGUAACUUCAUGCGGGAUAUGAAAGUGGGUCAGCAGGCUUUCUUUUACCACAGCAACUGUAAAGAGCCGGGAAUAGCGGGUAUCAUAAAGAUUGUGAAGGAAGCGUAUGUCGACCAUACACAGUUCGACAAGAAAGACGUGCAUUAUGAUCCAUCCAGCAAACCAGAGAACCCUAAGUGGAGUAUGGUGGAUGUCCAGUUUGAGAGGAUGACCAAGCGCUUCAUUCCACUGACUGAGCUGAAGAAAUAUCACCUGAAGCACAAGAGUGAUGGAGGAGCACUGAGUAACAUAGCCCUGUUCACCAAAGCUCGGCUUUCAGUACAGCCUUUAACCACAGAGGAAUUUGACUUUAUCUCGAGUUUGGAGGAUACAGACCCCCUGUGAGGAUAAAAACCAUUAGAGGUUAUAUCUUGGAUCUGACCAAGUCCAUACUGACCACCAAGAUGAAUGAUUAUGGUUUAUUAGCUGUUACCCUGUACAGAGAAAAGCUGGUAAACUUUUGUAUCUUUUGUUGCAAACCAAAAAUCAUUUCCAAUUCAUUAAACUUCCAACUAUGUUCUGCUA